AUGGAUUUUGACAAUUUGUAUGAGUCUGGACCAUAUCUGCCAAUUGAAUCUCAGAAUGGUUUUGGAGUGUCAUCGUCGUCUGAGCCAACUGGAGCAUCGGAUCAAGCCUCUCAGGUUCAGAUCAUAACAGAACCUGUUAAUCAGUGGAGCCCCAUCUCUAUUGCUCCAACGGCUCUGCCAACACCGUCGUGUUCUUCCAGUUUGGCGCCAAAAUACACAUGGAAUCAAGAAGAUGAAGUAGCUCAGCUCCGAGGAGAACUUGCGAUGGAAAGAGAGAAAAGCGUCAGAGCAGAAGCUGAAAUCCAAAAGCUCCAGGCGUCGGAAAGACUCUCGGCUGAUAUGGUGAUAAUGCAUCAUCUUCGUUCUCGUGAAUUGGAAAGAGAGAACCAAGCUCUUCAGAGUAAAAACAAAGAUCUUGAGAAAUCUCUAAAAACUACGGUGCAGUCAUCAUCUUCGUCGCACGGAGCAUUUUCUCACGGAGCAGCAGCCAUCACUCGAAUCAAAAAGGAGAUUCUAGAAGACGAGGAGCAUUCGAUGACUCUCGAUGAAGUCAGAGAGAUUUGGAGGAAGAAGUUCUCUGGAGGAAUCCUCCCAGGAAAGAAUUUGAAACUUGGAUGUUACUUCUUCGACCCAAGCACGAAUGAGGCUCCCCAGAAAGUCAACGACGCCUCCAACUCGUAUAUUUUCUAUAGAAACCAGCGACCGGCGUCAAAAGGAUAUUCAAAAUGGAACGAGCUGACAUUGAUGGAGAAAGAAGAGUGGACCAACUUGUGGAGAAUACUCAGAAAAGAGCAGGAACGUCAAUGGAAGGCGGGGCUCAUCAAGUUUGAAAAAGUCGUGCUAUUUAGAAUGAAGAAAGAGAAGAGUUUUGAAUAG